UUAUUUUUGGGUUUUGAUUAAGUCCAAUAUUUCUGGUCUUUUGACUCUGGGUUCGACCAAGUCGAGGGGCUCAUGUCCUUCGCUUGGGUUGGGAGAUCCAACGUUGGCUGUAUAAGUUCAAGUUGCUGCUAUGAGGUUCUGUUGAUUUUGUGUAUUGUGUGCUCUUGGGUAUCCUGAGGGUGGUAUCUUUUGAAUCUUGUGACUAUGCCCUCUACUGAUAAUCAAGGUUCUUCAUCGCCUUCGGCGCCAUUUGGCCGUUCAAUUUGGAGUCUAAGGCGAGAACAGGUUAAUUCCAUUGAUGUUAAUCAUGAGUCUAGUGCCCUGGAAUCAGAGCUUGAAUUGUUCCAAAAACAAGUUACAGACCGUUUCCAUGGCUUGUCAGCUGUUAGUGCUGAUGAGUUGCUCUCAAUUGUGUGGAUUAGGAAGCUUUUGGAUGUGUUUGUUAGCUGCCAGGAGGAAUUCAGGGUUAUUCUACUGAACAACAAAGCAUCAGUCUCUAAACCACCUUUGGACCGAUCGGUUGCUGAAUUCUUUGAAAGGAGUGUGAAGGCACUUGAUAUCUGUAAUGCAACUCGUGAUGGGAUUGAGAAGAUUCGACUGUGGCAGAAGCAUUUGGAGAUUAUUUUGUGUUCUUUGGAAUCUGGCCAGAGGGCAUUGGGUGAAGGCCAGUUUCGUCGAGCAAGAAAGGCUUUGAUGGAUCUGGCACUUACAAUGCUUGAUGAGAAAGACUCUGGGUCAGUGUUUUCGCACAGGAACAGGUCAUUUGGGCGUUAUAACACUAAGCAUCAUCAUCAGUCCUCAGGGGGGUCCUCAGGGGGGCAUUCUCGUUCUCAUUCAUGGAGUGUGUCUCGUACUUGGUCUGCAGCUAAGCAACUGCAGUCAAUUGCAAACAACUUGAUCCCGCCUCGUGGGAAUGAGAUUGUGGCUACUAGUGGGCUUGUAGUCCCUGUUUUUACCAUCAGCUCUGUUCUUAUGUUCGUUUUGUGGGUUCUUGUUGCUGCAAUUCCAUGUCAAGAUCGGAGUCUCAAUAUUCAUUUUUCAUUCCCACGGCAAUUCUCUUGGGGCACUUCACUGCACUUGCUUUAUGAGCGCAUCAUAGAGGAAUCUAAGAAGCGAGAGCGCCGGAACUCUAAUGGGUUAUUGAAGGAGAUUUAUCAGGUUGAGAGAUGUGCACGCCACAUGACUGACUUGGUAGAAGCAGUUCAGUUUCCAUUGGCAGAGGAACAGAAAAUGGAAGUUGAGCAGGAGGUGCAGCAGUUGUCACUAAUUUGUGAAGCUUUUAAAAAUGGAUUGGAUCCGUUGGAGCGCCAAGUGAGGGAAGUGUUUCAUAGGAUUAUGAAAUGCCGGAAUGAGGGUCUCGAAUUCUUGGGUAAAACAAACAGUCUGGAGUAACUGAGAAUGGUUAAUUACCGGUGAGAAUCAAAUGUAAACAUUUGCGAGUAUGUUUUUUAUAUAUUGUCUGCCGUUUGCAAGGAGGAAGAAUGACUUGAGGUGUUCAGCAGCAAUAAAUGGUUAAACAGGUAGCUAUCUUGUAUUUAUCUCUAUACUUGCUGUAUAGAACAUAGUAUUUGUAUAAGAUCUUUUUGCUAUAUGGUGGUGCUUUAGAACUUUUUACAGUUUCUUUUUAUCACAUCUGUUGGUAACUCACAUUCAUUUUGAGAAAGUAUGUUAAGCUUCUAACCAGUCAUUUUUGUAAUA